ACCAAGGUACAUUUUCGCGAAAUGAAAUAUCUUAACCAGCAAGAAGCGAUAAGCGUUGAUGAGGAGCUGUUCAACGAAUACAAGUUUAGUGUUGAUCAGCUGAUGGAAUUGGCGGGCCUUAGCUGUGCGCACGCCAUCGCCGAUGCAUACACUCCCGAUAGGACGAACAAAGUGCUAAUCUGUUGUGGGCCAGGCAAUAAUGGAGGUGAUGGAUUGGUGGUGGCCCGACAUCUCUCGUUGAUGAACUACGAACCGUACGUUUACUAUCCGAAGCGAACUGACAAGGAUCUGUUCAAAAACCUUCAGCAUCAAGCAGAGUGCAUGGGAAUUGCCGUAACAGUAGACUGUCCUGUCUCCGCAUCAGCGGUAGACUCGGAGUUUGGACUGAUAGUGGAUGCUCUGUUUGGGUUUAGCUUUAAAGUACCCGUACGGGAAGCAUUCCGUCCAAUAAUGGAGGUAUUGCAGAAGACAACGCUGCCCAUCGUGAGUGUAGACAUACCGAGCGGAUGGGAUGUAGAACUGGGACCACAAUCGGACUGUGAUAUUAAACCGGACUGUCUUAUUUCACUAACUGCACCGAAACUAUGUGCGAAACAUUUGGCAAAUGCAAAGCACUACCUUGGCGGACGCUUUGUUCCUAAAAAGCUGGAGGAAAAAUACUCGAUGAGUUUGCCCCAGUACAAGGGACGGGAUCUUUUCGUUCGGUUAAGUUAA